GUGGUUACGGCACACAGCUGAUCCAAGAUGGCGACAUCCAUAUACUUGUUUUGAGGAAACUCGGGUGAAGUUCCAUGAUAGAACCAAGAGAAAAGAAACACAGCUAGUAAUAUAAUUAUCUAGGAGAUAAUCCUCCAGACGGAACACAAGGGCUAGGGCGCAUUUUGACUGUCAGCAGACAGACGGCUGAUGUCCAGGUUAGGUGUGGUGUUUGGAGGCUCCCGUGGCAUUGGGCGAGCAGUAGCCCAACUGUUGGCACAAAGGGGGCAUCGAAUUGUGGUGAUCUCCAGGAACCAAGAAGCAGCACAGGCCACAGCAGAGACGCUUCCUGGAGAGGAACAUUUGGGUCUCAGUUGUGACAUUUCAAAAGAGCAUGAGGUCCAGGGAGCGUUCGAUACCAUCGCUAAGACCUGCGGCCCUGUGGGAUACCUGGUCAAUGCAGCAGGUGUCAAUAAAGAUGCAUUAUUAAUGAGGUGUAAACCUGAGGACAUGGUGUCUGUUCUUCACACCAACCUGCUCGGCUCAAUGCUCACCUGCAGGGCAGCGUUACGGAGCAUGCUCAGUAAAGGAGGUGCUAUUGUCAACAUAGGCUCAGUAGUGGGUGUGAAGGGAAACGCUGGCCAGAGUGUGUACAGUGCCAGUAAAGCCGGACUCGAAGGUUUCACACUCUCUCUGGCCAAAGAGGUCGCAUCUCGAAACAUUCGAGUCAAUUUAGUAGCUCCAGGACUCAUUCGGACAGACAUGACAGCAGGGAUGAACGAAGAAGAGUAUAGCAAGAAGAUUCCGCUGGGUCGCUUCGGGGAUCCACAGGAAGUAGCUCACGCUGUCGUGUUCCUCCUGGAGUCUCCGUACAUCACAGGACACGUCUUGUUGGUGGAUGGAGGACUACAACUGACCAUGUAGUUCUCGAUUCUGCUCAGUCUUGACUGUGAGGCUUGCAGUGCAGCAGCCUCAAGCAAGGAAGCUUUCCAGAGUUACAUUGACCACACAGAGACGACUUGACGAACUUCAUGCGGUCACAUUGUUGGAUUUCAGAUUACCGCCUGCCCUCCAGGAGAGUCUCUAUAAACAUGAUCGUAAUUGGCCUUGGCGUUUCGGCGACCGUUUAUGUGAACCGUCUCCACUUUGUGGUCAUACUUAAAAUAGAUGUGUUGCACAUGUUCAGUCAGCUGUAUCACCCCACACGAUGAUUUAAGGGAUGUUUAAAAAAAAAAACAUUUGCUUACCGCAGUACAUUCGGUACCAACAUUCAGGAACGUCACCUACAGGGUUUAAUAACUGAGACGGCUGGAAUCUGUUUCUGAAAUAGUUUUAUAAAGUGAGUUAUCGGUCAUUUCACAGCAUAGCUUUCCAGUCAUAUCUGCAAAGCACCAAUAUGGCUGAAGCUUUUCAUUCCAACCCGAGCAGGAGCUGGGAUUCGGUUGGAAUGAAUAACUGUAGUCACCUCUGACUGGACUUUUUAAGGAUAAGAUUGGAUAUCCUUGACUUAGAGAAAUUGUGCAUGUCUUUUAACUCCCUCACAGAAUAAAUCUUAUCACUGCAGGUCAUAA